AUGUCGUACUUUGGGCGUAGCCUGUCGACCGUGUCUUUGCUUCGCCCUGCAUUGCGAGGCAUACCCCGAACGGCUCAGAGGGGGUACGCGACGACCACGGAAUUGCCGAGGCCGCCCCCGAAGGACCUCCCUGACCCGACGACCUUUUCGUCGCCCGCAAAGGCGCGGCCGUACAAGCGGCCCCAGCGCGACUUGCCACCAAUACAGAGGAGGUGGCCCAUCAUCCUCGCGUUCGGCACCGUCGGCGUCGGCGCAUGGGUCACGUUUAUCGCGUGGACCCACAACCAGGAGCGGCUCUCCAGCUCCGUCGUCCGCCAUAUCAUGGACACCGUGCGCGAGAGUCCAGAGCUGCGCGACGUGCUUGGAGAAGCUAUUCGUCCAGAGCCCGUUUGGUGGCUGAAUGGCGACCCGCACAUCAGCGGCGCGAUACAUCUGAUGCAGGGCACCGUCGACCUUAGCUUCAGAGUGAAGGGCCAUAGACAAUCCGGAACGCUGUACUUCACGAGCAUACGCAAAGUAAAGGGCGAACCAUUCACCAUCCUGCGGUUCAAGGUCAUUGCUGACGACGGCACGGUUGUCAACAUUCCUGGCACAUUUGCGUAG